ACAGAGAGAGCCCAGCAACUUGAGAUGGACGCGCUAGCACAUAUUUGGAUGAUAAUUGUUCAAGAAAGAAAGUGGUGAUUUGAUUCUGGCCUGCAUCCCUUAUGGGCCAUUCAUCGAGGACAUCUCAUGUCAACUGUAGGCUAGCAGGCAGGCUCUCCCCUGAGCACAGCCAACCACAGGCUGCAGCUGAUGACUGUUUCAGAAUAUGUCCACUGGAGGCUCCCAGCAGUUCAUGCGUCACUUCAUUCCUGCCGCUGAUCAUGGCGGAGCUCGAGACAAUGCAGUCUGAACUGGAGGCGCCCGAAGUUCUCAAUGGGGACGCCGGCGAGAACGAGGAGAAAGAGUACGAGGAGCCCUCGGAAUCAGGGAAGAAAAAGAGAAGAAAAAAGAAAAAGAAUAAGACUGCUGCUCCAGCAGGGACAAAUGAGGCUGAGGGGGAUGGAGAUACCGGAGGAGGUGUUGGUGAUGUGACGAAACAGUUGGAGCAGCAAGCUCUGCUGGAGGACAAAGAGAAGGAGGACAAUGGAGUGGAUGAUGGAGAAGAUGUUGAGAACUCAGCAGGGAAAAAGAAAAAGAAGAAGAAGAAGAAGAAAGGAGUGAAGGGACAGACUGACCCUCCCUCCAUCCCUAUUUGUGAGCUGUAUCCCAGUGGAGACUUCCCAAAAGGAGAGGAGUGUGAAUAUCCCCAUCUAAAGACGGGUAUGCGCAGUGCAGCGUGGAGGACCACCCACGAGGAGAAGAGGGUCCUAGACAAGGCUAACGAGGAGAUGUGGAAUGACUUCCGUCAGGCUGCCGAGGCCCACAGACAGGUCCGGAACUACGUCAAUACCUGGAUCAAACCUGGGAUGACCAUGAUUGACAUCUGUGAGCGGUUGGAGGGUUGUAGUAGGAGGCUAAUCAAGGAGAAUGGUCUGAAGGCUGGCCUGGCAUUCCCCACUGGCUGCUCCAUCAACCACGUUGCUGCCCACUACACACCCAACGCUGGAGACCCCACAGUACUGCAGUAUGACGACGUCUGCAAGAUAGACUUUGGCACGCACAUCAACGGUCGAAUCAUUGACUGUGCCUUUACCGUGACCUUCAACCCAAAGUAUGACAGACUACUGGAGGCUGUGAGAGAUGCUACCAACACAGGCAUCAAGUGUGCAGGGAUAGAUGUGCGUCUAUGUGACGUGGGUGAAACCAUCCAGGAGGUCAUGGAGUCUUAUGAGGUGGAGAUAGAUGGGAAAACAUACCAAGUAAAGCCAAUCAGGAACCUCAAUGGCCACUCCAUCGGACAGUACAGGAUACACGCAGGCAAGACUGUUCCCAUCGUCAAGGGAGGAGAAGCUACCAGGAUGGAGGAAGGUGAGGUGUACGCAAUCGAGACAUUUGGCAGCACAGGAAGGGGAGCGGUUCACGAUGACAUGGAGUGCUCACAUUACAUGAAGAACUUCAAUGUUGGACACGUGCCAAUAAGACUUCCCAGGGCCAAGCAUCUGCUAAACGUGAUCAAUGAGAACUUCGGGACAUUGGCGUUCUGCCGCCGGUGGUUGGACCGGCAGGGAGAGAGCAAGUACUUGAUGGCCCUGAAGAACCUGUGUGACCUGGGUAUCAUAGACCCGUACCCGCCGCUCUGCGACACAAAGGGCUCCUACACUGCUCAGUACGAACACACCAUCCUGCUCAGGCCCACUUGUAAGGAAGUGGUGAGCCGCGGGGAUGACUACUGAGCAUUUUCCGUAGGCCGGCUGACCUCAAACCAGGACGAACGGGAAGAGAAAGAAUGAGAGAAGAUAAAUCAGGGUCCUGUUCAUUAGGGCACAGAACUUUUGUAAAUGUUUUGCAACAGAAAAUGAUAUUGAGUGUUUCUUAUUGGACAAGUCCAGUUAGUCCCUCUGUGUUGUUUUUUCUUCUUCUUCCGUUUGGUGCCUAAUGAACACAACCCAGUAAAACACAGACAGGAAUCCUCACUAGACAUUUAUUCAACGUUGUUGUGACGUAAUUUUAAGUUGCCUAAAUCCAAACCUUCAGUAGCUUCAAGAGUUUUAGCAAGAGCAUGAGACUGGUGUCAAGGAAGUAGCUUACUUAUGACAUGUAUUAUUUCAAAGGAUCAAGCCAAUAAAUAAGGGCAUAUAAAAAGCAAGAAAUAUAAUCUUGACAUGUUCUUUAUCAUACUUACGUGAUUGCUAUAUUGCUUAUUUAGAAUAAAAUGAAAUAUGCAAAAUUGCUCCCUCUGUUUUGGGUGGACACCUCAAUAUAUUACUUAAUAGUGCAAAGCUUCAAUGCCUUGGAAAGAACCUGUGGAAAAUAUAUAUACCUGCUAUGAAAGUAUUUAUAUUUCUAUAUUUUGUUUAUCUGCUGUAUUUUUAUUUUGAGGCCUUUUUUUUUAUAUAAAUAAAUUGUAUUGUUACAAAUCUUA